AUGGUUCAGAUGACCAACCUGGAUUCCUCCUCAUCUGUGCAUCAAGGGCAAAGUUUUCUAUCAGUUCAAACUGGGGAAAACUUGACUUUGAAAUGUUUUCAUGAAGCUGGUUCAUCAGCAAAGCUUCACUGGUUUAAACACACUCUCGGACAGGAACCAAGGCUCAUCUCAACCUACUCCAGGUUAACAAAAGCAACUUUUUAUGCUGAAUUCCAAAAUUCACGCUUCACAUUGAAUAAUGAAACGGAUUGGAUUCACUUGACGAUAACAGAUCUGCACAUUAAUGACUCAGCUACUUACUACUGUGUGAGCAGCAAUACACACACAAUUGAUUUCUUGACGACAACUACUGUCAGUGUGCAGGGUUCUAGUACAAACAUCCUAACUUUAGUUCAUCAGUCAUCAGAGACCAUCCAGCCAGGAGGCUCUGUGACUCUGAACUGUACAGUACAAACUGGGACCUGUGAUGGACAACACAGUGUUUACUGGUUCAAAGACUCUGAAGAAUCUCAUCCAGCACUCAUUUACACUGAUGGAGGCAGCACUGAUCAGUGUGAGAGGAAACCCAACACACAAACACACACCUGUGACUACAACCUGCCGAUGGAGAGCCUGAAUCCGUCUCAUGCUGGGACCUACUACUGUGCUGUUGCCUCCUGUGGACACAUUCUGUUUGGAAACAGGACCAAACUGGACUUUGAGGGUUAG